CCAGAUCUGGAGUCCGUCUAAUCGCUAGGCAAGAUGCAGCGCGGCCUUCCUAUGCAACCGACUGUAGUCCUCCUAAAGGAGGGUACGGACACGUCCCAAGGAACACCGCAAUUAUUGUCGAAUAUCUCUGCAUGCCUUGCCGUCGCGGAAACCUUGUCCAGUACCCUUGGCCCCAGGGGUAUGGACAAGCUGAUUAUAAAUGAGCGUGGUGAAGCGCAGAUCACCAACGAUGGGGCCACUAUCCUGAAGUUAUUGGAUAUCGUACAUCCAGCUGCGAAGACGUUGGUUGAUAUUGCCCGGGCCCAGGAUGCUGAGGUUGGAGAUGGGACAACAAGCGUAGUGUUGCUCGCUGCUCAGCUCUUGAAAGAAGUCCGUGGCUACAUCGAAGAGGGCGUCAGCCCGCACAUCAUCGUGAAAGGCUUCAGACGUGCAGCUCAGCUGGCUAUUGAUCGUAUAAAAGAAGUGCAAGUGACAGUUGAUAAGUCGGAUCCUGAACGCUUCCGAUCUCUCCUUCUAAAAUGUGCCUCGACGUCCAUGUCUUCAAAACUUAUCCACUCCGAAAAACCUUUCUUCUCAAAAAUGGUCGUUGACGCCGUGCAAUGUCUCGACCCCGACGAUUUGGACGAAUCUCUGAUCGGAGUGAAAAAGGUACCUGGAGGGGGGACGCAGGAUUCUCUAUUGAUCCGUGGCGUCGCUUUCAAGAAAACAUUCACGUACGCGGGGGCGGAGCAGCAGCCGAAAUCCUUCAAAGACCCAUUAAUCGUCUGCUUGAACGUGGAGCUCGAGCUUAAGGCUGAAAAGGACAAUGCCGAAGUUCGUGUUGAACAAGUAUCGGAUUAUCAAGCCAUCGUGGAUGCGGAGUGGGAAAUUAUCUACCGCAAGCUAGAGGCGCUGGAGAAGACUGGCGCUAAGGUCGUCCUCAGCAAGCUCCCCAUCGGUGAUCUUGCGACUCAGUGGUUCGCUGAUCGCAACAUCUUCUGCGCUGGCCGUGUCCCUGCCGCAGACUUACGGAGAGUUGUGGAAGCUGUUGGUGGAUCGAUCCAAUCCACAUGUACGGACAUUUCUCGCGAACACCUUGGGACCUGUGGCAGGUUUGAAGAGAGGCAGAUUGGGGGUGAACGGUAUAAUGUAUUCGAAGAUUGCCCUAAGACCAAGACGUGCACGCUUGUGCUCCGCGGCGGCGCGGAACAAUUCAUAGAAGAAGUGGAGCGAUCCCUCCAUGAUGCUAUUAUGGUUGUCAAGAGGGCCGUAAAGAAUGGCGAAGUCGUCGCAGGUGGGGGUGCAAUCGAGAUGGAUCUUUCGGCUCACAUCCGGAAAUACGCUCUCUCCAUCCCCGGGAAACUGCAGCUCAUCAUAGCAGCCUUUGCCAAAGCUCUAGAGAUUAUCCCUCGGCAGAUCUGCGACAAUGCGGGUCUGGACUCUACGGACAUCCUCAACAAGCUGCGGAUGAGGCAUGCCAACGGGGAAAAGUGGUAUGGUGUUGACGUUGAUGGUGCUGAAGGCGUUCGCAACAACAUGGAAGCGUUUGUUUGGGAACCUAGUCUCAUCAAGGUCAACGCAAUCAACAGUGCGACCGAAGCUGCUUGCUUAAUCUUGAGCGUGGAUGAAACAGUCCGGAAUCCACAGAGUGAACAGCCCAACGCCGGGCCGAGGGCGCCGCCAGGCGCUGCCCAGAGAGCUUUAAGAUCACGGGGAAGGGGACGGGGAAUGCCUCGGCGGUGAAGACUUGUUUCUCGUCCGUCAGGGCGGUUGAUACAGAGAAGUGUAAAAGUCAUAGUAAUACAUCCUGCUUUCACUGAAAUUCCAGUCCAAGAGUUUAUCCACC